UCCUUCAGGCUGCAGCGGACUUCGGUGUUCCUUGCGUGUGAGCGGAAACUGGAAGUCGCCAUUGUUGCGUGAAAUGUGGUUCGUCUUUCUCUCGUCGCAGUCCAAGUCUAUUCUGAAAGAACACUCCUUAUCCAAACACUGUCACCAUCUGAACCAGCUAAGAAACUUGGUGGAUGGUAGUGGCUCCAUCAAAUUGGUGCGGGAUCGGGGUCUGGACCAUGCCGUCGAGAAGGAGAAGAACCUCCUGCCAUUGGUCAAUCUCAAAAACUUCAUCAAGGGGGAGCCUUCGAAGUCUAUUCCCAUCUCGGUUAUAGUUGAGAACAGGGAGCGCCUCAAAAUCCCUUAUCGCCCCAUCGAUUUUAUCCGACAAUAUCCUUCAUUUUUUGAGGAAUUUCUUCCUGGUGGAAUUGGGAUUCACCCUCAUAUCCGACUUACUUCUGAAGUUCUCACUCUCGAUGCUGAAGAGCAGUUGAUGUAUCAGAGUGAUAGUUAUAAGCAACAGGUUGCGGAUAGGCUUUUGAAGUUGUUGAUGAUAUCAAGAAUCCAUAAAAUCCCAUUAACAAUCAUUGAACACUUGAAAUGGGAUGUGGGUCUUCCACAGGACUAUAUACAUAGUAUAAUCCCUGAGUUUCCUGAUUAUUUUCGGGUUGUCGGUAGAAAAGACCACGCAUUUGGUUCGGAGAAUAAGCAGGCUUUGGAGCUGGUUUGUUGGAGCAAUGAACUGGCAACUUCGGUUAUGGAGAAGAAGUUUAUGAAUGGGGAAAUGAAUAAUGCAGAGAGAAAGCCAAUAGCGUUCCCUCUGCAAUUCACUGCUGGUUUUGAGAUGGAUAAGAAGUAUAAGAAGUGGUUGGAUGACUGGCAGAAGUUGCCGUAUAUAUCUCCGUAUGAAAAUGCGUCUUAUCUUUUGCCUAAGAGUGACGAGUCUGACAAGUGGGUCGUCUCUGUUUUGCAUGAAAUUCUUCAUAUUUUAGUUCCAAAGAAGUCAGAAAAAGAAAAUUUACUGCUUCUUGGAGAGUACCUGGGUCUCAGAUCAAGAUUUAAGAGAGCGCUGCUUCAACACCCGGGUAUAUUCUAUCUGUCACAUAAAAUUGGAACCUACACUGUGGUUUUGAGAGAGGGUUACAAGAGGGGCUUUCUGAUUGAGCGUCAUCCAUUGAUGACUUUGAGAAGUCAGUAUGUUCACCUCGUAAAUACCACUGUGGAAGAUAGCGAUGCAGCUAAGGUCCAAGGCAAGAGCACCCAACAAGAAUCGAAAGGCAAAAAGGUUGACGGGAAAGCAGAGCUUGUGUCGAACAGGGGGGAGGAACACAAAGAAGAGAUAUGUGAGUCCUCCAAUGCCAAAGUUGAAGAGGCUAGUGACACUGAUGAUGUCGAUAAUGAUGAUGAAGAGCAGUCUCAUAGGGUAAGUCGUAAAAACUCCGCCAAUUAUAGAGCUGGAAUAGUCCAGAGAGUGAACUUAGAUGUCAAGAAACCUUCGAGGAAUUCUCGAAGGGAAAGUUCAGUUGGACGAAUUCAACUUAAAACCAUGAAAAGAACCCCAAAAGAAGUUUCAAGAAGAGAGCAAAUGCAUGGUAGACAUAGAGAUGAUAAGAGUUCACAGCAGAGAUCAAAAUCACCAACAAGCAGAGCAAGGUUAACCAGCAAGAAAACCCCUACUUAGCAAAAAUAAAGUCCGCUCCUGGAAACUAACACAUAGGCGGGUUAGCAGUCUUGCCAUUGAUUCCCCUACUGUUGGGAGCAUUGCUUCUUUUGUAAUACUUCCGAGGUGAUAUUGAGUCAAAAAAAAAAAAAAACCUCUGGGGUGAUAUUGAGCCCAAAAAAACUUCUAGAUACCUACAACUCAUUCGCAAAUACUUCUGGGUCAAAAAUGACUCUUAACUCUUAUUCAUCUCUCAACUGCUGGGAUAAUAUGGCUUGGAGAUUGGAUUGUCUCAGUCAAUAUGGCAGCCAUAUUGCCACUCUGCUAAUCUAUUUCUUCAUUUUCCUGCAGUCAGAGAAGUUUGAAGGGCAAUGUUACUUCAUUUAAUUUAUGUGCUUGCUGUGUAAUGCCAAUAUUUCUUAGAAUGCUGGUUUAGAGCAAUCUUUGAGGUAGAAAGCUCAAUUUAGUUAGAGAUCUGUUCAACUAUGAUUAAUUUAUUAUAUUCAGAAUACAAUCAAGAGGGUCCUCAAUGAAGCAUUAAGAGGAGAUUAUAACUUACCUUGUAAUCCUUAGAAUAUUACUUUCAAUGAUGGUCUCCGAGAAUUUUGAAAGUCUUGUAUACAAAUAUGAAUGUGUUGAUUGUUGCUGUUUGCAUAUCACAAGGCAAUAUGAGCGGAGCAGAGAAUGGAAAAUGAUUUGUAUAGAAGGCUGGUGAGUUUGAUUGCAUUCUACUGAUGUUUGUAAAUGUUUGGAUAAGAUGUUACAAAAAAGAUGCCAAACACCGCUAGUGAGUUUUCUUCUUGUCAAGUAAACUGGUAAUUCGAGUAAUUUAUCAAUUCACAGAUAGUGUAUCCUCCAUUGUUACUCAGUUCUUCAUUUUUUUUUUUCAUUUAUCUACUGGGAUAUGAUGCUCACUGUGUGCAUAGUUACACCGAGGAAAUGAUCAUUGAAGAUAUGAGAAUUUUAUUAUAUAUGUAUAGGUAUGUAUGUAUCCUCAAGGAUUGAAGGUAUCUUUCCCAAGACAGGAUUUUACACGAUUGGUGCGAGCAGUUUCUCACAAUUUAUCUCAAAUGGAUAGGACAUGUGCAGUGUCAUUGUUAGAAAUUCUAGUAGCGGAAUCUUAGAGGAAUAGUGGGGAAUACUGCUAAUGACGUGUAUUGAAGUUGAACAAAUUCAUGGAAUGCAAUGAGGAGAAGUAUCGAAUGCACGAUACGCAAGACUCUAAUACUGCGAGGCCUUGUGGAGCUCCUAACGCAGCCUUCUUGUUUUAAAUCCAAUUGCGAUGGGUUUUUUUUUUUUGGGAAUUUGUAGUGUGAGGGUGUAUGUGUACAUAAAUAGUAUUGAUAAGCCUGAAGACUAUUUUGUUGGAAGCGGGCCUAAGUCUCAAGCCCACUUAACCCUAAUUUACUCUUCUACCUUAGUGCAGCAGCCGCAAGAUUUCACUCUAAUAUUCUUUCAAUUAGUUUUUUAUUGUUGUAUUAUCUUAGGGAUAUUAGAUUAUUAUUUCGAGUUUUAUCUUGCAUUUUUUUAUUGCGAUAGAUACGAUUUGAUA